AACCGUCUUGACAAUAAAAUGGCAUUUACAAAUUCAGAAUCACCAAAAACUCUCCUGAAAAUUAUCAGUAACACUUUCCAUAAAAUAGUUAAUGCCCAAUCGCAAAAAUCAAAAUGAGCCAUCUCCAACACAAGAAAAAAUCAAUGCCGGUCUAAAAAAAUUCAUGGACGCGCAUCAGCGCCUCUUCCCGAUCAAAGAAGAAGAUCCUAGCGAUCUCAACAUCGAUUCAUCUGGGAGUGAGGCAUCCGUAUCAGUAGCAGCAGAAUUCACAGCAACUGACAAACUGUUUGCAAUUAUAGCAGAUGAAGAUACUUGCGUCGGGUAUAUUCUGGCAGGGAUAGGACAGGUGGAUGAAUACGAAAAACCGAAUUAUUUUGUUGUGGCUGAGAAGACGAUGGAUAUAGAUAUUGAAAGGGCGCUGAACGAUUUCCUUCAACGUAGGGAUGUUGCGAUAGUUCUGAUACAGAAGGAAGCAGCGGUUAGAGUUCAUCAUACGAUACACAGACACAGGAGACAGUUACCAGUAAUCAUGGAGAUUCCUGGAAAAAAUGGUCCGUAUGAGAUAAGCAUCGAUCAUAUUUUAGAAAUUGCUGAAGCUAACGAACAGGAGAGGGAAGAGAAGUUACAAGAUACUAGAAAGAGUAUUGUGGAAAAAAGGCUUUCCACUAUAUCGGAAAAGAAAGAAACCCGCAAAAGUGUUUCUAGCGGUCGUGGCUCGUUCAGUUCUGAAUACGUUUGAUAAAAUUGACAACAAAAUGAUUCAUAUAAUUCAUGUAUUUGAUAGAUGGAAGAAUGGAAACAAAAGCUGAACAAUAAAUUGAAAUUAUUAUCAAAUUUAAA